ACUUGAAAAUGUUCAGUUGCCGACCAGCCCCUGAACAAAACGCAACGAAAGCCUUAGGCUACUCCCAGAGCUGGAAUAUAAAAAACUUCAAGCCCCUCCCUAUCCCGCCAAUGUCAAUAUGUGGCUGAGUUUUUCAAUUAAAGAGAAUAACUGAAAGUGGAACAACAACAGCAAAAACAAGCAACAAGUGAUGUGACAUUCUGUAUUUCUGUGUGUUUUGUGAAACUAUAAGAAAAAUUCGAAAACCUAAAAAGUAAAGGGAACAAAAAAAUCAGAAACAAAUUUCGCGCCAGGCUUUGUCGCCCUGUUGUCGGGUCCAGCCGUUUGUUGUACAGAUUUUUGUUUUGUUUUAUUUGGUUAGUUACGCGUUUUGCUCUGCGUUUAUUUUCAUUGGGAUUUCCAACAGCUUGCGGAUUGUAUUUUAUAGCUUGGCACGCUUUUACAAACACGAUAUAUAUAUAUAUAUAUAUAUAUAUAUAUUGUACAAUACACAAUAUAUACCCAGGAGGGAAUCGAUUGGCCAUAGAGCAGCGUGAGACCACAGCAAGAUGUCAUUCGAUAUAGCAGUGGGCGAUCAGAUGCGCAUUGCCCUGAACUAUGUGAAGUUCAAGACAAACCAACAGCGCCUUCGGAGCAAUGACAAGGUAAUUGCCGACACGGUCUAUGGCAAGGUGAAGGGCGUCAAGUGGCAGUCGAUAUAUGGGAACAACUACCUUAGCUUCGAGGGCAUACCGUUUGCAAAGCCCCCCGUGGGGGAGCUGCGGUUCAAGGCGCCCGUAGAGCCUGACCAUUGGACGGAGGUGAAGCGAUGCACCAGGGUACGCUCCAAGCCUUGUCAGGUGAACAUUGUGAUGAAACUGGUGCAGGGCAGCGAGGAUUGUCUGUACCUUAAUGUGUACACCAGAGAGUUGCAUCCCAAUAAACCUGUGCCAGUGCUCGUUUGGAUCUACGGCGGUGGCUUUCAAAUGGGCGAGGCCUCAAGGGAUUUGUACAGUCCCGACUACAUCAUGAUGGAGCAUGUGGUCCUGGUUGUGAUCUCCUAUCGCCUGGGUGCCCUGGGAUUUCUCAGUCUCGACGAUAAGGAGCUGGAUGUGCCCGGCAAUGCUGGCCUAAAAGAUCAAGUGAUGGCCCUGCGUUGGGUCAAGCAAAAUUGUCAGUUCUUUGGCGGCGAUCCUGAGAACAUUACAGUCUUUGGUGAGAGUGCAGGUGGAGCGUCCGCACACUACAUGAUGCUGACGGAGCAGACCCGCAAUCUCUUUCACAAGACUGUGCUCAUGUCGGGUGCGGCAUUGGCUCCGUGGGCACAGACCCCGAUGCACAUCAAUUGGACCUAUCGCCUGGCCCAGGCCACGGGCUACUCCGGAGAGCUAAACGAUCGCCAGGUGUUUGCUCAUCUAAAGAAAUGCAAGGCCAGCAGCCUGUUGAGGGUGACCGACGAUAUCAUCACCAUGGAGGAGCGCCAUCAGCGCCUGACCAUGUUCUGCUUUGGUCCCACCAUCGAACCAUAUGAAACAGAUCACUGUGUGAUACCCAAGUCGCCGCUGGAGAUGAUGCGCAACUGUUGGGGCAACUCCAUUCCCAUGGUCAUUGGCGGCAACUCCUUUGAGGGUCUGCUAAUGUUCCCCGAGAUAAACAAGUGGCCGGAGUUGCUGUGUCAGCUGGGAGAUUGCGAGUAUCUGGCUCCAAGGGAUGCGCAGUUGGACAAGGAGCAGCAGCGGGCGUUUGGCAAGCAGCUGAGGGAAACCUAUUUCGGAGAUAGGAAACCCAGUCGUGAGACAAUGUUGGAGUACAGUGAUCUCUUUUCGUACAAAUAUUUUUGGCACGGCAUCCAAAGGACUUUGCUCUCGCGUGCCCAUUACGCUCCAGAGGCGCCCACGUAUCUGUAUCGCUUUGACUUUGACUCGAAGCACUUCAACAUCAUGAGGAUUAUCACCUGUGGCCGCAAGGUGCGAGGCACCUGUCAUGCCGAUGAUUUGUCUUAUUUGUUUUACAAUGCGGCAGCAAAGAAACUAAAACGCCGCACGGCCGAAUUUAAGACGAUAAAACGUCUGGUGUCCAUGGUUGUGCAGUUCGCCAUAAGCGGAGAUCCCAAUAUACCGCUGGUCACGCACGAUGAAAAACAGCAGCCGUGCCUGCCGCAGGGCACAGGCACACCCGCAGCCACAUCCACCUGGUUGCCCAUUUCACGUAAGGAUGCGGUGUUCAAAUGCCUGAAUAUCUCACAUGAUGUGCAAGUGAUUGAUUUGCCAGAGGCCGAGAAGUUGCGGCUCUGGGAUAGCAUCUAUGACAGGCGACUCUUGUACUGAAUCACAUUUUUGCUACUGUCCAUCCCACACCUCAAACUCUCAGGCGGCUUUGCCGCUUAUUUACCCUUAGCAAUCCGUAGGCCUUAGACAUAGCCCGUAGCAGUAGCCCCUAAGCCGGCCCGAGCGGCCUUAAAAGCACAUCAAAUGUACACAUGUAAAUAGCUAUUUUUUAUAGCUUAGUCUUAAGAGUAGAUACACA